UAUAAUCCAUAUGGGUUGCCUAGCAAAUUUCAGUAGUAUAUGUUAUAACAGCACUACUAUAAACGGCAUAUAAGGGCAGAUCAACUCUUUGGGGUACGUAACCUUGGAACUUAUGACAGAAAAUAAUGACACAUUUUGCCAUACAUUUUACGUCUUUCAAAAUUUGCCCUUCGAGGCGACUGGUAUUUUAGGUUUAGACUUCUUAUCUACCUAUGGCUGUAUUAUCGAUUUAGCUUCCAAUGUGUUAGUUGUUAAUAGUGCAGGAAAAAUAAUACAUUUACCUAUCUCGUCUAAAAUCGAUUUAUUCUGCCAUAUAUAUUAGGUAGUGUAGUAACACUACAAGUGUACACAUUCUAAUCUACACAUACAUUUAAACCACUCCACUACAGCUGUCAUAAUUACUGAAAGGGUUUACCACUUGAAAAAUCAAACAUUAUAACUAAUAAACAUCAGAUGAUCACCGUGGAUCUUAGUCAUUGUAUUCGGCAAGACUAGUUUCUGUUCUCGUCUGGCUUGGAACGGUUGUGUUUUUCACGCAUUUUGACCAUGAACUGUGUUGUGAUAUUGAUAUUGAUUACAAUUACUCUACAGCCAUCAUGUAAUUCACUCAAUAUUAUAGGAAUAUUCCCUUAUCAAGGCAAGAGCCAUUUCUUCGUGCAUCGCGUGUAUUUACAAGAACUUGUCAAACGAGGACACAACGUAACUGUUAUAUCACACUUCCCAGAAAGUGAUCCACCUUCUAAUUACCAUGAUGUUAGCUUAGCGGGGAGUAUUAAGAUUCUAGAAGAUGCUUCUCCCCUUAAAAGGUCAUAUACAACCAUUUUAGGCACAGCAAUAUUCCUUACGAGUUCCGGACGUGAAAACUGCGAAGUAAUGUUAGCAAAUAAAAAUGUUCAGAACCUUUUGAGAGAUAAACCUAAGUUUGAUAUCGCUGUGGUUGAACAGUUUAAUAGUGAUUGCGGUUUGGGAGUGGCUUACAUACUCGGAGCUCCAGUAAUUGGAAUUACAUCCCACAUACUAAUGCCUUGGACGUAUAGCAGGUUCGGAAUACCAAAUCACCCGGCGUAUGUGUCGUUUCACUUUUUGGAAGGAGGAACUAAACCGACACUUUACCAAAGAGUGGAACGGGUUCUAUUCGAUUUUUAUUUUAAAACGUCGUAUUAUAUAUCACAACAACGCGAUCAGGAUACUCUUGCUAAGCACUUCGAUAAUAUACCACCUUUGGAACAACUGGCACGGAACAUAAAAAUUCUACUAUUAUACCAUAACUUUGUUCUCACUGGUUCCCGGUUAUUUCCAGCGAACGUUAUCGAAGUGGGAGGUUACCAUGUAGUUAAAGCAAAACCAUUGACCGGUGAUCUUUUGAAGUUUGUUGAAGAGGCUGAACAUGGUGUUAUAUACAUAAGUUUUGGCUCGGUUGUCAAAAGUUCCACUAUGCCUGAUGAAAAGCUGCAAGCAGUUUUAGGAGCGAUUUCUGAACUACCACAGCGUUUUAUUUGGAAGUGGGAGAGCAAAACUACAUUGUUGGACAAAAAUAAACUUUUCCUUGCUGAAUGGUUGCCACAAGUUGAUAUAUUAGGACACCCUAAAACUUUAGCAUUUCUUUCUCACGCGGGCAUGGGAGGAACAACAGAAGCCAUUCAUUUUGGAGUGCCUUUAGUUGCAAUGCCCGUUUUAGGAGACCAGCCUUCUAAUGCAGCUGCAAUCGAAGAGAGUGGUCUAGGGGUUCAGAUACAAAUUGAAGAUCUAACUAAGGAUAACCUUAUUGCAGCGUUUAAAAAAGUCCUAGAUCCAAAAUUCAAAGCAAAUGUGGAUGAAGUAUCAAAAGCAUGGCACGAUCGACCAAUGCCACCCUUGGAGAGUGCGGUUUACUGGACUGAGUUCGUAGCUCGUCACCCGAACAUCACCUACAAAACUGCGGCCGUCGACACCCCCUUGUAUCAAUAUUUAUGCCUUGACGUUCUUAGCGUAUUUUCUAUAGCUAUCGUUUUAAUAUAUGCUGCUUUUAGAAGGCUUAUAUGGGGAAUAUGUCGAAGAACAACAUUAAAAGAUAAAAAUAUCAAAAAUGCUAAGAAAAAAUCAAAACGAGCUUAAGCUAACUGUAACUGUGUUAAAGUCAAAGUAAAAUCAUUUAUUUCAAUAAGGCCUAUUAAAAAGGUACUUUUGAAAGUCAAAGUUACAAGUACAAAUAUCAGUGGCGUAACAAAAAAAUGGCAGGGCUGGCAAAAUGCCAAGGGCCCCCGACUCAAGAGGGCCCCUGCCAUCCAUAAUAUGGAUGAAUGUGAAGUCUCCAAUACGCAUUGGGCUAGCGUGGGGACUACAGACCAUUCCUUCCCGACUAAGAGAGGAGUCCUAUGGACAUAUACAACGUGUAAUUAAAUACGAUGAAAACCUCGAAGUUUAUUAAAAUUAAACUGAGUACAACGUGACGAAUUUUACUGAUAGG